UAAGUCUACCGCCCUGAAUUUGAAAAGAACCAUUAAAGUACCGCUAGUGCAUCAGAUUGCUCAUACCAGUUAAUACGAAGCAUUAACCAGAGCUUGUGAAUGAAGACGAUUUGAACAUAACCCUAUAAAGGGAAGUGAACUUGUAAAGUGUUUUGCUGGUGUUCCUAGCUGGAAAAUGCCUAUAUUAAAAUAAUGGAAGGUUUAUACUCAAAGCUGGUAAUUUGAUUGAGCUGAGGAUGGACGGGGAUCAGGACAAAACGUCUUUUUGGAAGAAAAAUAUUAAAAAUGUACCUGGCAGACCGAGCCCCAAAAGAGAGAGCCGAAGUACCAGCAAGAGCAAACCUCAAGGUUCAACAUCAUUUCAAGACUUCCAAGCUUCAGUGAGCGAUGCAUGGACAGUUGAUGAUGAUGAAUUCUGUACUGGAUUAAAAAAUACUAAAAUAUCAAAAAAAGUUUCUCAGUCUGCAGCUCUAAAUGUGUUAAAUUCUCAUCGAAGUACGACUGAAAUCAACAGAUCUUCAACUGAAAAUCUAAGUGAUACAGCCCCUCAAAUAAUCAGAGAUGCGGAAAUAGUGAGAAUUAGUCGAAUUCCUGGAAGACCUUUGCAAAUGCAUUGUUACAAUCCUCCACAAGAAGAAGACAGCGAGUCGAAAUUGGAAAGAUUUGAGGCUCUCUUGGUAAAUCCGCCUUCUCUUCAAGAGUUAUGCAAACUGAGCUGGUCUGGGAUUCCUGUCAAAGUACGCGGCAUCACUUGGAGAUUGCUGUCGGGUUAUUUGCCAAUAAACGUGGAGCGACGGGAGGGUGUGUUAGAGAGAAAGCGACAGGAUUAUUGGACGUUAGUUGAAAAAUAUUAUUACACAGAACACGAUGAAGUUAAUCGCGAUAUUCAGCAUCAAAUAAAUAUAGAUGUGCCAAGGAUGAACCCUACGAUAACACUGUUCCAGCAGAGGACUGUCCAAAAUAUGUUUGAACGAAUACUCUUUAUUUGGUCAAGUAGACAUCCCGCAUCGGGAUAUGUACAGGGAAUUAACGACUUAGUUACUCCAUUUUUUGUGGUGUUUCUCCAAGAGUUUAUCUCAGACAAUAAACCCUUUGAAACAUUUAGUGUAGAUACUCUUUCUGAAGAAAACCGUAAGAUUAUUGAAGCGGAUUCAUUUUGGUGUUUAUCAAAAUUUCUGGAUGGAAUUCAAGACAAUUACGUUUUUGCUCAGAUUGGAAUACAACAGAAGGUUUUGCAGUUAGAGGAAUUGAUCAAACGAGUGGACGAAACCCUGCACAAACAUUUGAAGCAACACAAUGUUAGUUACUUGCAGUUUUCAUUUCGAUGGUUAAAUAAUUUGCUUACUAGAGAGCUGCCAUUACGAUGUACAAUUCGCUUAUGGGAUACAUACUUAGCUGAGAAUGACUGUUUCGCAACAUUCCAGUUAUAUGUGUGUGCGGCCUUUCUGUUGUACUGGAAAGAGGAUUUAAUGAGGGAAAGAGACUUUCAAGGGCUUUUGCUGUUGCUACAAAAUCUGCCAACUCAGUCAUGGAGUAGUUCUCAAAUUAGCCUUUUAGUUGCUGAGGCUUACAAGCUGAAAGUUAUGUUUGCUGACGCUCCCAACCAUUUACAUUGUAAUACAACAAACAGCAAUGAAAGUUGAGACUACAGCAGCAGCGCUUUACUUUUUUUAGAAUUUCUGUCCUAAAUUUUAAGGUAUGUUAUUUGUUAAAUGUAAAUACAUGACUUCACAUAUUUUUAUAUUAUAUAUUUCGUAAUAUAAAUUUCAUUUGUAAUAAUUCAAUAAAAUACUAAUUACUUU